AUCAGUCUCAUUACCUCAGUGGGCGACUGUGAGGCACAUCUGUGUUUUGUCAGCUCCACUUUACCGCUUAGCUUUUCUGUCACUUAGCUUUUCUGUCAGCUCACCUGAACUCUGUGUAGGUUAAUUUACUCUUUGUAAAUUUUGAUCAGCCGUGAGUUGCUCUCUGGAUAGUUUUUCUCCGCUUUGCUGCUUUUUGUCAGUUUUGCCAGCACAAUCAUGGGUAGUUGGCUGAAGUGGCUGUGGAACCACAGAAACUUCAUCAUCAUCGUCGUCACUCCACUUGUACUCCUUCCCCUGCCACUCAUCAUCCCUACAUCGGAAGCCAGAUGUGGUUAUGCUAUCAUCCUCAUGGCUCUGUACUGGUGUACAGAGUGCAUGCCUCUGGCUGUGACUGCCCUACUGCCAGUCGUCCUCUUCCCUAUGAUGGGCAUCAUGAAGGCUGGAGAUGUCAGUAUUGAGUAUCUGAAAGACUCAAACAUGCUGUUCAUCGGUGGCCUGUUGGUGGCCAUCGCAGUGGAGCACUGGAGCCUUCAUAAGCGCAUCGCUCUCCGAGUUCUCCUGCUAGUUGGCGUUCGUCCGGCCCUGUUAAUGCUGGGCUUCAUGAUCGUCUCCUCCUUGCUGUCCAUGUGGAUCAGCAACACGGCCACCACAGCCAUGAUGCUGCCCAUCGCCCAGGCCGUGCUGCAGCAGCUAAGGGCCACAGAGGAACGGGCAGACAAACGAGAUUUUGAGACUGCAGCCGAGCACAACGAGGCGUUUGAGCUCGAGAUCAGUCAAACUAAACAGGAAAUAAAGGACCAGCCAGACACCAAGGCUCAGCUGGAGGACAGCGUGUCUGAACACGAGUGGAAUCCGGAGUCGCUGCAAGAGCUCAAGAGAAAAGCAAUGGAAGUGAAGUACCAGCUCCUGACCAAAGGAAUGAGUCUGAGUGUGUGUUACUCUGCCAGCAUUGGAGGCACGGCCACUCUCACCGGCACAACCCCCAACAUCAUCCUGAAGGGCCAAAUUGACGAGCUCUUCCCUGGGAAUGGUGAUGUCAUCAACUUUGCCAGCUGGUUUGCCUUUGCUUUUCCCAACAUGCUGCUCAUGCUGGUGUUGACCUUCUUAUGGCUCCACUUCAUGUUCCUGGGUGUCAACCUGAGGCAGUCGUUUGGCUGCACUGGGAGAAGCGACAGAGAUAGGGAGGCGUACACUGUGAUGAAGCAGGAGUACGAUAAGCUAGGGCCCAUGAGGUUUUCUGAAGGGGCCGUGCUCACCAUCUUCGUCCUGCUGGUUGCCCUGUGGUUCACCAGGGAGCCGGGCUUCAUCGACGGCUGGGCGACAGUGCUCUUCAAAAAGGAGCAUGUGUCAGAUGGAACCAUCGCUAUCUUAGUAUCAAUGCUCUUCUUCGUCAUCCCCUCCCAGUUGCCCAAGUGUGGAGGCUACGGUAUCGAUGAUGAAGGUGGGACGGUGAACACCCCCUCCACUCUGCUGAACUGGCAGAUCGUCCACGAGCGAAUGCCCUGGAACAUCAUCCUGCUGCUUGGAGGAGGCUUCGCUCUGGCUGCUGGCAGUGAGAAAUCAGGUCUGUCCGACUGGCUAGGACAGAGCUUGGCACCUCUAGAGCAAAUUCCCCCCUACGCCAUUGCGUUGCUGCUCAGCCUGCUGGUGGCAACAUUCACCGAGUGCUCCAGCAACACGGCCACCACCACCCUGUUCCUGCCCAUACUGGCCUCGAUGGCCAUAGCUAUUAAGAUACACCCGCUGUACGUGAUGCUGCCCUGCACCCUCGCUGCCUCUCUGGCCUUCAUGCUGCCUGUGGCCACACCACCCAACGCCAUCGCCUUCUCUUUCGGAAAACUCAAAGUCAUAGACAUGGUGAAAGCCGGCUUCAUGCUGAACAUCAUUGGGAUUUUGACCAUUAAUUUGGCCAUCAACACCUGGGGAUACGCCAUGUUUAACAUGGGCACCAUGCCUGAUUGGGUCAACACUACACACAGCCAACCUUGAGUUAGGGAGGACACAUGCAGAGGUGGAAUAAGAGUUUGUUAAAGCCCCUGAGAACUUGUCUUCAAAUCUUAAAUGUUUCUCAAUGAAAUAGCCUUAAAUAUCCAUGACUAAAUAAGCAACAAGUUUUUUUCAUGAGCACAUGAAGGGCUGGUCACAGUAAACAUGAUAAAGAUGACCAAAAAUAGAAUACCACCUUACAAAUUAGUCAGCAGUGGUGCAACACAUAGUCUGAAUCACACGUAAAACCAGACCUCGGUGAAAGUAAUUGAUUGACAAAGAAAACUGAGAUAAGCUUGAAGCCAUCAGAUUAUUAGCUUCAUUAUUAGACAGACAGUCCCCUGUUAGUGUUCAGUACUUCCUCGUGUCAUUCCAGUGACAGAACAAAACAAAAACGAGGUGUCCGUUAGAAGGAAAAAAACUUCCCGGUACACAUUUCCCUGGAUGUGAUCAUCUUAUUCAUCUAUUUAUCACUCACAAAUGAUGUAAAGAUUCAGCACACUUCGUGUUUGAGUGGUUAUUUAAACUGUGAUUAUUUCAAGUUUACAGACAAUAUGUAAAUGAGCUGAAAUUGAAUGAAUUGUAUCAGUCGAUUUAACUUAUUACUUCGGUCCUUUUGUUGGACCUUAAGUCUUUGUUCUUAUUGCAUGUUUUAUUUUUUUUAUCAGUGUUUUUGUCACUGUUUUUAAUAUUAACAAUAUUUACUUUGUAUUUCUUAACUUUUGAUGAUUAUUUUUAUUCCUCCAAGGGAAUGAUAGUGAUUUUGAUAGUAAAUUGGGAAUAUGCUCUCUAAAUGAAUACAGGUGAAAGCUAUUAAAGGAAUAGUUUGACAUUUUGAGAAAUACGCCUGCAGGUAUUUGUCUUAUUGCAGACAGAAGACUGAUGCCAUUUUUCUAACUAGCUAAGUUAACCAUUUCUUCGCCCCAGCCUCACACUGAAGGGACAAACAUGAGAGUAGUAUCAAUCUUUUCAUCUAACUCUCACUAAGAAAGGAAAUGUAUUUCACAAUAUGUUGAGCUAUUUCUUUAAUAAAUCCAUCCCAGUAGUUCAGGUGACACUUACAUAAAGUGGGGUUGACACUGAAGAACAGAAACCACUGGGGCUGUGCAGAAUGGUUCAGAGCUUCAUUCAUAGACAACUGAAUUUUAAAUCAAUGCAACCCAGUCUCACUCCCAACUCGUCAAAUACAGACACUCAGUGGCCGUUGGUGUCAUACUGACACACAGGGGCAUGCUUUAGCAGUGAUAUGAGACCCACCACUUGGCACCAUUUUCUGACUCUCAGAGGAACUGCUGUAGUAUAGCUUAGGAGUGAGAAGGUCCGCAUAGGGCAAAUGGAAGAGGAGGGCGAUGGGUCAAACUCCGGACUUUCACCCAGGAGUCUGCUCAUGUGAAACCAGAAGUCAAUGGAGUUAUUCAAAAACAACAGUGUACUAGAAGGUGUAGCAGACUACACUAGUGACAUAUGAUGUGAUGUGAUGUUAUGUUUGUAACAAACUUACUUAUUUUUAUUCAAACCAUGAUAUUUUUUUCUCAACCUAACCGUGUGCUUUU